UUAACCGAUAAAUAAGUUGUUAUAUCUCUUAAUUUAGUUAUUUAUUGUACUACAUAAAAAUAUAAUAAAAAUAAAUAAGAUUUGAGUUUUAAAGAGUCGUUUAUAAACUUUCUAGGCAAGUCCUUUAUCUUUUUCAUUAAAUUUGUUUAACAAUUCUGAGUACCUCUAAUGGAGAACAGCUCGGAAAUUUCGGAUCCUAAUAACUUUAGCCCUCUUACCGUUCAGGAUGUAGACGUAGACUUUUUACCGAUUGUUUACGAAAUCAUACGAAGUAUCGAGCGGGAUUUCCACGACAACUCUGCUAAAGCACGCGAAUCCCAGGACUGCAGUCAAAAAGUAUUGGAAUUGCAAAAAAAGUUUGACAUUGCAAGAUCUCAGAUAAAACGACUACCUGGUAUUGACUACAACAAACAAGACCAAUUGAAGCAAUUUGAAAUUCUUAGAACUCAGCUGCGACUAAAGCGAGAGUUACUGCAAAAAUAUAGGAACAUGUGCUCAUUUGAAACAUCAUUCAAAUCAAUAAUAUAAAAUGCCACUCCGAGCUUUGCUUAAAUAUUUAGCCAAUAAUGAACGCCUAGUGCAACGGCUUGCUGAUUCAUAUCCAGUGAGAAGAGCUGCACAA